AAGAGAAGUUCUCAUUGACACGUUCUUCGUCUUCCACCUCCCUCUAUAAAUGCGUGCCUCUGUUUCCAUUCAUGAUCCAUUGUUUGUUUGUUUCCAUCCCCUGCUGUUUCUGAUCAGUUAUCGAUCGAGACGAUGCACAGUGUGCUUGAACACGUGAUCAAAGGCGACGCCGUGGCCGUCGAGGCCACGGUGGUGCUGAUGAGGAAGAACGUGCUUGACUUCAACGACUUCACCGCCACGCUCAUCGACAACGUGCAGGAGCUCCUUGGCCAAAGCAUCUCCUUCCAGCUUGUGAGCGCCACCGUCGGCGACCCAAAGAACGGAAACAGAGGAGUCGUCGGAGAGAAGGCCUACUUGGAAGACUACGUGAGCAAGCUUCCGGCCAUAGCCGCCGGCGAGUCCACCUUCCGUGUGACGUUCAAAUGGGAGGGGAAGCAGGGCAUCCCCGGUGCGGUCAUCGUCGUCAACCGGCACUCUUCGCAGUUCUACCUGAAGAGCAUAACCCUGAAGGAGUUCCCCGGCGAGGGCCGGAUUUACUUCGUCUGCAACUCGUGGGUUUACCCUCGAGACAAGUACAACUACAAGCGCAUCUUCUUCGCUAAUAAGACAUACUUUGCGGCGGAGACGCCAUUGCCACUGAAACCGUACAGAGAAGACGAGCUCAAGAACUUGAGAGGCGAAGAUGUGGCUGGUCCACUUCGAGAAUGGGAUCGAGUUUACGACUACGCUUACUACAACGACCUCGGCGAUCCCGACAGCAAUACAUCUCUCGCUCGGCCGGUCUUGGGCGGCUCCGCCCGUUACCCUUACCCUCGCCGUGGGAAGACGGGCCGGAAGCCCUCCAAGACAGAUCCGGAGACAGAGAGUAGACUGCCGGCGACGAUGAGCUUGGACAUCUACGUGCCCAGGGACGAGCGGUUCGGGCACUUGAAAAUGGCGGACUUCCUCACCUACGCCAUCAAAGCCUUGGGCCAAGCGGUGCUCCCCGUCCUCAAGGCCAUCUGCGACGAGACGCCCAACGAGUUUGACUCCUUUGAAGACGUUUUGAAGCUGUACGAGGGAGGUUUGCCGGUGGUGAACAAGACGCUCAUCGACGAACUAAGGGAACGCAUUCCCUUGGAGAUGAUCAGAGAGUUGUUCCGCACGGAAGACAACCAGAGGUUGCUUAAGCUUCCCCUGCCACAAGUCAUCCAAGAGGACAAGUAUGCUUGGAGAACAGACGAAGAGUUUACUCGGGAAAUGUUGGCCGGAGUGAAUCCGGUAAGCAUUAGACGGCUCGAGGAGUUCCCACCUGUGAGCAAGCUGGACGAGAGAGAGUACGGCGACCACAGGAGCACCAUUACGGCAGCUCAAAUCGAGCACAACCUCGAAGGAUUGAUGAUUGAAGAAGCGCUGGGCCGCAACCGGCUGUUCAUCUUGGACCACCAUGACUCGUUGAUGCCGUAUCUGAACAGGAUCAACUCCACCGCCAACAAGGUCUACGCCACGAGAACUCUGCUGUUCCUGAGAGACGACUCCACGCUGAAGCCGUUGGCGAUCGAGCUGAGCCUGCCGCACCCCGACGGAGAGCAACACGGCGCCGUGAGCAAAGUGUAUACGCCGGCGGACUCCGGCGUCGAAGCAUCCAUUUGGCAGCUCGCCAAAGCUUAUGUCACCGUCGACGACUCUGGCGUCCACCAACUCAUCAGCCACUGGUUGAACACACACGCGACGAUGGAGCCAUUCGUGAUCGCCACCAAUCGCCACCUGAGCGUGCUCCACCCCAUCAACAAGUUGCUCGCGCCCCAUUACCGCGACACCAUGAACAUAAACGCCUUCGCCCGGCAGAUACUCAUCAACGCCGGCGGCAUCCUCGAGCUGACGGUCUUCCCGGCGAAGUACGCGAUGGAGAUGUCGUCGGUGGUUUAUCAGAGCUGGAAUUUCGCCGAGCAGGGUCUUCCUGCCGAUCUCAUCAAGAGGGGAAUCGCGGUUAGGGAUUCAAAUGACGAGAUCGAACUGUUGAUCAAGGAUUACCCUUACGCCGUGGACGGCCUCGCGAUAUGGUCGGCGAUCGAAACGUGGGUGAGAGACUACUGCGCCAUCUACUACCCCAACGACGCGGCGGUGCGUGCCGACGCCGAGCUGCAAGCGUGGUGGAAGGAGGUGCGCGAAGAGGGGCACGGCGACAAGAAGCACGAGCCGUGGUGGCCCAAGAUGGAGACCGUCGCGGAGCUGACGGAGACCUGCACCACCAUUAUCUGGGUGGCCUCUGCCCUCCACGCAGCAGUCAACUUCGGACAGUACCCCUACGCCGGCUACCUCCCCAACCGGCCGACCAUCAGUCGUCGGUUCAUGCCGGAGCGCGGCACGGAGGAGUUCGCAGAGCUGGAGAGGGAUCCGGACAAGGUGUUCCUGAAGACGAUCACCAGCCAGCUGCAGACCAUCCUCGGCGUGUCGCUGAUCGAGAUCCUGUCGACGCAUUCGGCCGACGAGGUGUACCUGGGACAGCGGGACACGGCGGAGUGGACGGCAGAUCGGACGGCGCUUGACGCUUUCAAGAGGUUCGGGGCGGCGCUGAGGGGGAUCGAGGCGGAGAUCGUGGCGAGAAACGGCGAAGGGAGGUUCAAGAACCGGAACGGCCCGGUCAAGGUCCCCUACACGCUGCUGUACCCCACCAGCGGAGUGGGGAUCACCGGGAAGGGCAUCCCGAACAGUGUUUCCAUUUGAUAUUGCUGCUGUUUGCUGUUUGCUGUUUGCUGAUGUUGCUAUUGCAUAGUCGACCACCGUGUCGUAAAUAAAUAAAAACUAUUUGUGUUAAAACUAAAUAUUAAAUUCGAUUAUUUGUUCGUCGUUCGUCAAAAUGCCCAGUCAAAAUUAAACGA